AUGUUUGCUCCCCUUGCUGUCCUUGUCCUCGCGGCCACCUCCGCCUUUGCACUCCCCCGCUCGCUCCCCCGUGCUGAUGACCCCUGCGCCAAAUUUGGUGGCGCGGCCUUCGGCAACGCCGGUCCCUUCACCAUGGUCACACUAGACUUGUCCAACCGGACCAAUCUGCUGGUCCUCGGUCCAGCCGUUGGGGCUGGCUCUAGCGACCCAAGCCGCCGCUCGCUCGUGACCGUUGAGACCUUCCCGACCGCCGACACCCCGACAUACAAGCUCGUCAACGGCGGCCUCUUCGCAAUGACCAACAACGUCACGGUCGGCGCGGCGGGGCUCGCCCCGGCUUCCGGUGCUCCCGUCUACUUCGAGGUGGGGUCCACGGGCGCAGCCCAGGUGUACUGCGGGGUGGUGGGCACGUCCCCCGCAGGACACGACCCUGCGAAUCCGGCUCUCGUGGUUCCUGGUGGCUCGAACAGCUUUGCAAUCUGCAAUGCGACGAGCUCGGCGUCCAAGUCACCUCUCCAGGUCCUCAUCUUCGACGCGGAGAACAAUGCGAACCAAGGGUACGACUUCAGCACCUGCAACCCGGUCACCGUUCAGCUCGUUGGUGCAUAA